AUGUCGCGUUAUCUCCGACCAGCGGCUCGCCUUGCUGCCACGGCGAGGACCUCCGCCCUCCGUCCGGCCACCGCAUCGCCAUUCCUCUCCAGGGCCGCCGUCAUCCCCGGCGUACAAAGACGGACAUAUGCCGACGCCUCCGGCGUCAAGGAGUACACAGUCCGCGAUGCCCUGAACGAGGCGCUUGCCGAGGAGCUCGAGCAGAACGACAAGGUCUUCAUCCUGGGCGAGGAGGUUGCCCAGUAUAAUGGCGCAUACAAGGUCACCAAGAACCUCCUGGACCGCUUCGGCGAGAAGCGUGUCAUCGACACACCCAUCACCGAGUCCGGCUUCGCCGGUCUGGCCAUCGGUGCCGCCCUGAGCGGUCUGCACCCAGUUUGCGAGUUCAUGACCUGGAACUUCGCCAUGCAGGCCAUCGACCAAAUCGUCAACUCGGCCGCCAAGACCCUCUACAUGUCGGGCGGCAUCCAGCCCUGCAACAUCACCUUCCGCGGACCCAACGGUUUUGCCGCCGGCGUCGGCGCCCAGCACUCCCAGGACUUCUCUGCUUGGUACGGGUCCAUCCCCGGUCUCAAGGUCGUCUCCCCCUGGUCCGCCGAAGACGCCAAGGGCCUCCUCAAAGCUGCCAUCCGCGACCCCAACCCCGUCGUCGUCCUCGAGAACGAGCUCAUGUACGGCCAGUCCUUCCCCAUGUCGGCCGAGGCUCAAAAGGACGACUUUGUCAUCCCCUUUGGCAAGGCCAAGAUUGAGCGCUCCGGCAAGGAUUUGACUCUGGUCACCCUCUCCCGCUGCGUCGGGCAGUCCCUUGUUGCGGCUGAGAACCUUAAGAAGAAGUACGGUGUUGAUGUCGAGGUUAUCAACCUCCGGUCGAUCAAGCCUCUUGAUAUCGAGACGAUCAUCAAGUCGCUCAAGAAGACGCACCGUCUGAUGGCCGUCGAGUCUGGCUUCCCUGCUUUUGGCGUCAGUGCUGAGAUUUUGGCGUUGACGAUGGAGUAUGGAUUUGACUACUUGGACGCCCCCGCCGCCAGAGUCACUGGUGCUGAUGUGCCCACGCCGUAUGCCCAGGGCCUGGAGGAGAUGAGUUUCCCUACUGAGGGGACGAUUGAGCAGCAGGCCGUUAAGCUUCUUCGCCUUUAA